CAAAUAAAGGUUCGAAAAAGAGAAUCUACUGAUGCUUCUGCUGCUAAUUGUGAUGACGAAAAAACACUGAUGAUGAUAUGGUUGGGUUCAGCAGUAGACUUCGUGGACAGCUUGGAAUCCAACUCCUGGCGGACAUUGAUUGUUCCUGUUUGAAGGAGGUUAACAACAAAUACAUGAUCCUUGGACAGACUGUUGAGGCAACAUGGCUCUUGGCCUCGCCUGGACCACAUGCCGUGGAGUGGGAGGAUUCACCACUGACUACUGUACGAACCUCUUCUCGGCACGGUGCUGCUCCUCACUCUGGGGCAAUGACAAGUGCUGCAGACUUCAUUUUUGCCUCCCAUAUGUGUCCUCCAGCUAUUCUGCUACAACCUGCACCAGGUACUCUGACACCAAGUGUUGCUCCACCGAGUAUGUCGGAGGACAGGAUUCGUGUUGCAACCAAAGGCAGUUUGACUACACCAGCAGCAGUAUCAACCGAUACGGCACUCCUAGCAGCAGGGGUUCUACAAUAAUCGGGGGUAUUGUAGGGGGCGCUGUUGGUGGUGUUGCCUUCCUCAUCCUCAUCAUCGUCAUUCCAAUCGUCGCUUGCGGCGCAUGCUCAGUAAGAAAAUCUGGUGGAACUAUCACAACUGUCAGGAUUGCGAGCAACCAAGUCCAACCCCAGCAUUACAACCAGUCGCCAGGACACCAACCGUUUAUGCUGGGACAUCACCAGCCAUCAAUGCAGGGGUAUGCCGAGCCACCUCAGUCCCAUCCUCCGCAGGGUAGCAGCCAGGGAUACGAACAAGCUCAGCCAGGGAUGGUGGCUCCAGCCUAUCUACCGAAGUACUGACGUGACUGAGGGGACA